AUGCGGAGGCUGAGGGCCGGCGCACGGGAGGCCGCUUGCUGCGCAGUCUGGGCGCCGGGCGCCCGGGAUGAGCUCACGCCCGCGUCCCCGCCGGCCCGCUCUGGCCGCAGCGUUGGGCGCGGCGCCCGGGAGCAGGUGUGCAGGAGCGCGGCGCGCGGCGAGCGCAGCCCUCGCCCCGGAGCCCGGCCGCGCCGCGUGCCCGGGCGGCUCGGCAGCAGCGGCGGCGGCGGGCGGGCGGCGGCCCCCGGGCGGGUGGCGAGCGAGCGGAGCCGGGCGGAGCGCGGGGGGCGAGGCCGGCGCGGCGCUCGCGGGAGGCCGGGGAGCAGCAGGGGCAUGUGGAUACUGGCCCUCUCCUUGUUCCAGAGCUUCGCGAAUGUUUUCAGUGAGGACCUUCACUCCAGCCUCUACUUUGUCAAUGCAUCUCUGCAAGAGGUAGUGUUUGCGAGCACCACGGGGACCCUGGUGCCCUGCCCCGCAGCAGGGAUCCCUCCUGUGUCUCUCAGAUGGUACCUGGCGACGGGCGAGGAGAUCUACGAUGUCCCCGGAAUCCGCCACGUCCACCCCAACGGCACUCUCCAGAUUUUCCCCUUCCCUCCUUCAAGCUUUAGUACCUUAAUCCAUGAUAAUACUUACUAUUGCACAGCUGAAAAUCCUUCAGGGAAAAUUAGAAGUCAGGAUGUCCACAUCAAGGCUGUUUUACGGGAGCCCUAUACAGUCCGUGUGGAGGACCAGAAAACCAUGAGAGGCAAUGUCGCGGUCUUCAAGUGCAUUAUCCCCUCCUCGGUGGAGGCCUACAUCACCGUGGUCUCAUGGGAGAAAGACACCGUGUCACUCAUCUCAGGACAUCAAACAACUACCACAGAGGGAAGGAAAGAGAAAUAUUAUGGAGAAAAGGUGCAGGAAGAGAGCAUAAAUUCUUCAUGAAAGAGUCCAUUAGACUGUAAUCCUAGGAAAAUGUCAUCGAUUUGACAGCUCCCAGUGUGCGCAUCUGCGGCCAAACCUGAAGCUGGAACAAAAUGAAGCUUUUCUUUAUUCUUUCAUUUCCUGUGUCUGUAUUUGUACAAUGGAAUAAAAGAGUAUGAGUGUG